CAAGGGAGCAGGCAUAACUGUGCCCCCUCCCCAAUCAUACAUCUGCUAGAAGAUAUCUAACAUUUGUAUAGCCGCCUUCAAAUAUUUGGCCCACUUCCUUUCAGCUCGUUCUCCCGCCACCGCCUGCUCAAACACCCCACACAACUACGAGCUACAUAUAACUCAAAAAUUAUAUUAAAAAGGUGGAACCACAAGCAGUUCGCACUUUUUUGUGUGCACGAAGCUGAAAGGGAUAUACCAGCAGGAAACUUAACGAAUGAUUGGAAUACCGCUAAUCUCUUUCAAGCAACAUUAUUUUUUUAUAUAUAUAAUAUAGAACCGUACACCUCUCUCUGCCCCCCCAAGUGCCUCCUUCCAACAUUUCUUUAUAUUUUUUUAUUGCAUGGCGACAUGCUUGCCAUGGUUAGACAAAGAACAGUUUCCAGAGAGCUCCAGGAUUACUUAGGGAAGCUUUGAAACGCAGCUUUUCGCUAAUUGUCAUUGUCUCUCUCGUUCUGUGGAAGCAAGCGGUCUGCAACUCUUUCUGACUUGCUGUUAUUCUGCAACCAAGUUCCCUUAUUUUGUUUAAACUCCUCCCCCCCCCCAAAAAAAAUAAAGCAUCGUGGAUUAUUAUCUUACAGCUUUGGCCACCCCAAAUUCACAGGUACCUCAACACCUCAAACCUCCCCCCCUCCAAAUUAUGGUGUUAAUGGCAGACAUUUAAAAAAAUCAAUUCCAGCAGAAGCCUCGCAGCUGUAGGACACUUAUCCUUAUUGCUACUCUUUUCAUUGGCCGUAAUUAUUAUAAUUAUAUGUCACUUUGAAUAGGGCUCAUAAUUUCCAAUGGGUUCCAGGCUGACUUCUCGAAAUUCCUGAGCGUUCUUCGAGAAAAAAACAAAGAAUGGGGGGAAAAACAUUUCGGAAAUGCUGGAGAAAGCAAAGGCUUUUAUAAAUCUGGCCCAUUUAUUUAUUUAUUUAUUUUUGCAGGGUUCACUUCAAACCUAACGUUGGUUUCCAAUUUUUAGGCUGUAAUCCAACACCCACUUACCUGAGAGUAAGCCCUACUGAAUACAAUAGGACUUCUUUCUGUGUAGGUAUGAAUAGGAUUGCCCUUUUAAGUGGGGACAGCAUUCUAUUGUAACUGUUCAUGUUAUGGGCGAUAUAUGUCACUCAGGAUAUCACCAGUUAUAUGAAUAAAGACACAGAACUCCCUAAUUUUUAAAGAGGAUAGUCUUUCCUUUCUAAUAUCUAGGCAGCAAAGGUACUGAGAUGUAAUAAUAAUAGCAACAGCAGUACUCCUGAUUAUGUGAACCAAGUGCAGUGCAAAUGAGUGAAAAGCGCUCAGUUAUUAGCACAGGUAGGUGCUGGUUUUGAGAGGCACGUAUCCUUCAGGUAGGAUUAGACUGCAGUGCUAUGCACACUUACCUGGAGGCAAGCUCCACUGAACCUAGAGGGGCCUACUUCUGAGUAAACAUGCAUAUAAUGGGAAGAAAGCAGGGAGGGAAAGGCGGAACGGAAAAAGAGGAGCAGGCGUUUGAGUUUAAAUUAGGAUGGACUCUCUGGUGCGGACCUUUUCUGACACCAACACAAUAAAGGCAUUGGGGUUAUAAUUUAUUAUCACAGCAGCAAUUACCACCAGUAGUCAUAAUAAUAGCAAUGUUUUAAUACACAAAAGCGCACCAGCGUGUAAGGAGGCAAACGGGGCUGUAUUAGGGGGAAAUGUUACCUUCAGAAAUAACAAGAUUUAAAAAGAGAAAUAAAGAUUCCGAAAGGACACUUUUGGGGAGUGUAGCCAUGGAAGUAUUUUAUUUCUGUAAAAGGUGGGCACGGAAUCAGAGCGCGUUACUCUUUCUUUUAUUUAUUUUUUUAAAAAACCUGGGUGAGCUUAUCCUCCAUGCCGGCUAACUCUUCCUUUGCCCAGUAGGUGGCGCAGUCCGCCAACAAGGAGCCACCUCUGCUUUCUGAUUCCUCCCCCCUUCUUUCCUCCCCCUUUUGGAAGCCGCGCAUUGACAUGGGCCUAACGAUUCUCGGAUCGUCAUUAUUUGUAACCAUAGAGCAUGAAUUGCCUCUUGAGGUCAUCAGUGAGAAUUUACGACUGGUCAACAAAAGCACGUGAUUCCCAAACGCACCCCCCACCCCACCCCCAUAUUUGGCCGCAUACAUAGCAAAAACGAAGUACAGUGCAUCGCUAUAAUUCAUUAAUACAUCAUAAAUCCUCAAGCACAGGGGUUAUAACGACCACGAGCCCCACAAAUCAAGCCCUCCAAAAUACAACCCAAAUGAGUUCUUACUUUGUAAACUCGUUCUCAGGACGCUAUCCUAAUGCCCCAGACUAUCAGCUGUUAAAUUAUGGGACCGGCAGUUCCAUGAACGGAUCUUAUAGAGAUCCAGGCAACAUGCACGCCGGCUCUUAUGGUGGAUACAACUACAAUGGGAUGGAUCUGAGCAUCAGCCGUUCAACCUCCUCCUCCAGCCACUUUGCAACGGUUGGGGAGAGCUCCCGCGCCUUCCCUGCCCAAGCCGCGCCGGAGAGCAGGUUCAGACAGGCGUCGAGCUGCUCCUUGUCCUCUCCCGAGUCCCUCCCUUGCACCAGCACCAGCAGCAGCACCAGCAACAACAACAACAACAACAACGGCGGCGGCGGAGGAGGCGGCGGCGGCAGCGGCAGCAGCAACGGCGAGAGCCAUGGAGGCAAAGCAGCCGCGUCUUCCCCCGCCGACCAGGCAGCCUCGGUCGGCACGGCCAACGCCACCAGUUUCACAGAGAUAGACGAAACCAGCGCGUCCUCGGGAACCGAAGAGAGCGGCUCCCAAGUCAACAGCAACGGCGUCAGAGCUCAGGCAGAGCCCAUCGCCACGUCCACGCCAGCCACAGAAGGACAGAGCCCACAGAUAUUCCCCUGGAUGCGAAAACUUCAUAUUAGCCAUGGUACAUGCUCCUUUUUAAAAUUUGCAUCUUCUAUCUAUAUCUACUUCUCUCUCUCUCUCUCUCUCUCUCUCUUUUUCUCUCUCUCUUUAUAUAUAGGAAUAUAUAUGAAAUAUGUUAUUGGCAGGGCAGACAGGGCAUGGGGGAUGGGAGGUGGAAAUGGAGCACAAUCGCCUGGGAAGACAGCCUCGGUGUGUCUUUUUAUGGCUUCCCUUUCUGCUUCCCAUCAGAAAGUGCCUUUAGUUAUUAUUUUUUAAUUAAUUUAAUCUAAAAGGGAGGGAAAGUCUGAUUUAGGAGAGGUUUUAUGAAAAUGUUUCCCUCUUGAAAAAUAAAAUAAAAUAACGCAGACGUAGCAUGGUAUCUGGGUGACAGGACCUAGUGCUAGAAGUAACCACAUUAUCAUAUUCAGAGACGUGAGAAUAAGAGUAGUCGUGGCAGCAGCAGUCAUAAUGGGCUUUUAAAAUACCAGGAGUUGAAGAGGUAGGAGGAAAGGAGCGGGUAGACUGGUUUGUGGGGAAGAAGAAAAACAAUGCUGUUUGUGGGCACAGAUGGGUCUGUCAAACAUCUCCUCUUGCCGCCGCCACCACCCCACAUUAUAGUGUCUGUUGUGACAAUGUGGGAUAAUGGCAAACUCUUUCCCCCUCCCCUCCCCCACGGUAAAAACGGAUGGACGUUGCCAAGGAGGAUCUGAGCGGCAGAGUUCGAAGGGUGAGGGAAUAUCGACUCGCUUAACACGCCGAUGCUAAAUGCAUUUGGGUGGAGAAAGGAAGCCCCAAGGAUUUCAGUGUGGAAGUUGCUUCCAGCGAAGUGUAGCUAGCUAGUGUCAAGGGGGUGGGCAAGUCAGUUCCAGGGCGAAGGGGAGGCACGGGAACGUACGACCAAACUGGUAGUCCCUCGCCUCCCUUCCUCUCUGCUCGCCUGUGUAUGUUUCCCCAUUUUGAUUAUAUUGGUAUUCAGUAUAAGCAGAAAGAGACAGGGAGAUACUAUGAAGGCUUAGAGCGUCAGCGUCAGGCUGCCAUCCUGCCCACCCCUUCCCUAGAAGUAGGCAUUACUGAAGCCAGUGGGGUUUACUCCCGAGUAAACCUGCAGACGCUGGAGUUGUGGAAAUGUCUAAACUUCUUAUAGGGUCAAGGAAAAGGAUGCCCCGCAGGAGGGGUUGGGGUGGGGACAUCGUGUUACUGGCACAUUUUUAUUUUAUUUUUUAAAAAGGGUGGAAUUCAGGUUCGGAGCUAUAGAAUCAAAAUGAAGUCACGGAGAAGGGAAUAAAGGAAAGGUGCUAAGGUGGUUGGGGCGUGAUUUUUGCAAGUAAGCUGGGGUGAGCUUUUCCAACUAAGCAGGAAACUUGUCGAAUAAUCUCUCUGGCAUAGUUGUAAUAAAGACAAAGCCGAACAGAACCCAAAAUGUUGUCCAUGUAUUAUUACCCAGAUAUGACUGGACCGGAUGGUAAACGAGCGCGGACGGCGUACACUCGCUACCAGACCCUGGAACUGGAGAAGGAGUUUCACUUUAAUCGCUACCUCACCCGCAGAAGGCGAAUAGAAAUAGCCCACGCUUUGUGUCUCUCCGAAAGACAGAUAAAAAUCUGGUUCCAAAACAGGCGAAUGAAGUGGAAGAAAGAUAACAAACUCAAAAGUAUGAGUUUAGCGUCUGGUGGCAGCGCAUUCCAGCCUUAAAUUAUAUCAAGGGGGGAAUAGUAAGAAAUAGAAGUGUGGGGCGGGGGGGGGGGGGAGAAGUAAAGAAAGAAAGAAAGUGAGAAAGUUUAAAACUAAAACUAAAAAAAAAAAGCAACAGCCAGUCUUUUUUUUUUUUAAGUUUGGAGUACUGUAAAGUGAAGCACUUUCCAUUCAGCAUGCUGUUGGUUGAUUUAUUAUAAUUAUUGUUAUUAAACAACUUCGGUGGUACUAUUAUUCCAGGACUGUGUCCUUUGCUACGAUUUCCCCCCUCUAAAUUAAAGUAAAUAAAAUAAAGUUAUUUCCAGAGGCUUCUUUAAUGCUUUAGGUGUUCUAAAUGUUUGUGUCUGUGCUAUAAAUGACGCUUUCUGGAAAAAGCUAGCAUGUUUUUUGUUUUUUGUUUUUUAACGUGCUCUUUAAAUGUUAUAACUUAUUUAUAAACCACUGCGGAGAAGGAAAUAUGGCUCCUUUAAAAAGUUUAGGCUUUGCAAGGAGAUCUUUCCUCCUUUCCUUCUUCUCCAGUCGGGCUAUCCUGUACUUCAGUGUCAGAGGAAAAAAAUUAAAAACAUCAACCACAACAAACUUUUUUUUAAAAAAGAAAAAAAAUUACAAUAUAUCUAUAUAUAAGCUCAUGUAUCUUUCUGUCUUUGAAAUUGUCAAGUCUGUGAUUUGGUUCAUAUUUCCUGGCCUUGUUUUGAUCCUAGGCCAGUUCUGAAACUUUUUUUUUUUAAAUAAAUGUGAGUGAAGUUCACUUAAAAAGGGUAUACGAUUGGACCAACCAUAGUAUGUUGAAAAUGUUUGUAAAUACUAGAAAUACUUCUGCAGUGACUAAUAGGAAGUUUUAGUGGGCAGGGUGAAUUCAGUGUUCUGUGUGUCUGAAAUGGCAUUUGUCAUGUUAGCUGCCUGUUCCCAUCUUUGCCAAGAAGCUUUUCGUAUCCGUUUGUAGCCUUAACUUGAAGUCAAAUAAACGUUUCUCCUGACCAGAAAAAAACACACCCACCAUCUUUUGUGUUUCUUUAUACCACGGCGAUGGAAAACCUCGGCCCUAAAGUUACUCCUAAGCGAAAUACAAACUUAAAAAAACAAAAAAAACAACCACCACCACAGAAAGUGUCUUCACAACCCGUAUGGCCCAUCUGCCAGGUUCUCCACCAGGACACUUCCCCAACCUUACGAGGGAAGGGUACAAAAUCGCCUCGUUUCAGUCGGUGCAGUUGCUGAACAGGAAACACACAACCCAAAGG